GUAUGCAACACAAUUCUGCAUAUUUUUCAUUGCUUGCAAUAUCACUGACCAGUUCAGACGUGCGCAAAGCUCUUUCAGGUAGUUUACCAAUCGACAACUUUAGUGAUUGUAUUUAGGAGGAAAUGUCUCAUUAUACGCCGAGAUACCGCAGUGGAACGAUGGGACCCCACGCGAGAAGGGGAGGCCAGCAAAACCCCCAAGGCAGGUUCCCUCCUGCACACCCGAGAAUCUUUCACGGGGAAAUCCAAGAACUCAGCUACGCCCUGGAAAUGGAGAGAGCCGGAAGGGUUGAAGACAACCAGAAACUGGCCCACCUGGAGGCCGAGCUGGAAGAGACGAAACUCCAGUUAAAAAAGCAGAAAGCUCUCAAAGAAACGUUUAUCAACGAGGCCAAGGAGGCAAAGAGGGAACUUGAGAGACUAGAGAAGUUCAGCGAUCCAGCAGUCCUUAACGCUGCGGUCAUUGCUUCCAAGGUUCACAACGAUGUGAAGUACAUGAAGAAGAAGAACUUGCAACAAGACUUUGAGGAGUUAAAGGUGGCCCACCUCCUCAGCCGGGAAGCAUUUGUAGCUGAAAUACAGGCUGAGAGAAAGAAAAGUCUGGCCCUCCAAGAAGAACUGAACCAACUCCAGACUUCAUACGAGGAGCUGCGUUCCCAGUAUGAAGCAGAUGAUGCUCUGCUGAGGCAGGAGGCCGAGACACAAACGUUUCAUGAAGCGAGGCUUAGUGAGGACCAACGGCUGCUGGAGAACUUGAGAGCUGAAAAGGAUGAAAUGUUUCAAGAAAUGUCCCAAACGAUCACAUUCCUGCAAGGCAGCGAGAAACUUUUGCAGGAGGAAUUAACUCAGCUCAAAUGUUCAUACAAUGAGCUCAACUGUAGAUACGAAAGGGAUGUUUCUGGAUUAAAGCAAGACGUGGAUAGAUAUCAGGAGGAAGUGAGACAUGAGAAAGAUGCCAACAUAGAAAGAGAGAACGAGAAUCUGCAGCUCAUCAACAAGCUGAGAGCUGAAAAGGAGGAGCUCCUCCAGAAAAUGUCAAGAGAAAUCUCAAUUCGGCAAAAGAGGGAGAAGCAGAUGCUCCAUGAACUGGACCAGGUUCACACUCUCUACGAGGAGCUAAAAUGUAGAUAUGAAAGAGACAUUAUGGAUAUACAGCAGCAGGUUGAGACAUACGAACAGAAGAUAAAGCAGGAGGAAACUGCUCUUUCAAACAAAGAAAAGAAAGAAAAGCUUAUCCAAGAGAGAAAACAUUCUGCGCUGAAACAAGAAGUCGAAAAAUUUCAGCAGCAGGUAGAGCAGGAGAGAAAAGCUCACCUGGAGAAAACAGAGGAGGACAAGAAGCUUCUAGACAAUAUGAGAGCUGAGAAGGAGGAGCUCUUCCUAAAAAUGUCAGGAGAAAUCACUAUUCUUCAAAAGAGAGAGAAGCAGAUGCUGAACGAACUGGAUCAGGUUCACGUUUCGCACGAGGAGCUAAAACGUAGGUUUGAAAGAGACAAUAUGGAUUUACAGCAGGAGGUUGAGACAUACCAGCAGCAGGUAGAGCAGGAUAGAAAAGCUCACCUGGAGAAAACAGAGGAGGACAAGAAGUUUUUAGACAAGCUGAGAGCUGAAUAUGCCAUCCUCCAAGAAAUCACAACAACAGAGAAUAAAAUCCUGCAAGACAAGGAAAGGAGUGCCGAGGCUGAGCUGGAGAAGGUUAACGGUUUGUACAUGGAGCUAAACAGUCGGUUUGAAACCGAAGUCACUGCAUUUAAACAUCAAGCAGAAAAACACCAGGAGGAGAUAAUUUGUGUGGAAAAUGAUUUACAAAGAGCAAGAGACGAUCUACUGCUGCCCGACACUCUGAGAGCCGAGGAAGAAGGUUUCCAACAAAAACCCAUCACGGUUUCCCAAGAGAAGGAAGAAGACUCACAGAACCAAGUUAAAGUCUUAAAUCAAGAGGUUUCUUCAGAGGAGGAACUCUCAGGAGAACCUUUAUCAGGUUCUUCCACGGAUCCAGAAUUCUCAGAAAAGACCGAGGUUGCUGGAGAAACCAUCCUGGAGGAUUUGGACAAUCCAGAUGAGAAGGAGAAAGACGUGCAGGAGACGAACCGAGGACUGGAAUCAAACGCAUGGAGGUUGUAG